UGGUUGAUAGCAACAUGCAAAACAGCAGAUCAACGUCAAAAGAACCGACAAAAGCGCGUCGGAAACAUGUGACACAUUAGGCUAUGAUAGCACAGGACAAAAGCGUGCCCCAUAGCUUGUCGCCAUGGCCAGCCCUAAUCCCAUCCCGUACGAAGGCCAGGCAGCGCGCACGAACAGCUAGCGGGUUGCCCAGAACUAAAGGUAGGAGGUCUCGAAUGCUCAAAGCACUCAGUAGCCCUGAAGCUGGUGGCAGGACUUGAUUCGGAAGUCUGAAAGACGGCGGAGAGAAUACUGAAUAGCUCGGGGCAUGGCGACGGCCUGGUCUCUCUGGAGGAGUCUUUACUAGUACUCUAGUAGACCACGACAAACAAUAGGCUGUGUUGUCUCUGAUGUACAAGAAGAGUGAAUAGGGUCCUUAACCUCAGUGAAUUUGAAAUGGCAAGCCAUAAGUUGGUGGCAGUGGUUGUCCGCGCAGAAGGUUUGUCGGCAGCAAGUGGAACUGUUGUCUUCGUCGGGCUGCGCUUCAACGGUGACACGCAGUACACAACCAGGAAAACCCACACGGUGAGUCCAAGUUGGAAGGAGUGCUUCUCAUUUGACGUAUCAGAUCCGGAGAGGCUUGACGAUCUUUCCCUCGAUGCCAAUGUAUACAGCAUUGAUGAAAGAAGCAGCAGGUCCAGAAAGGUCAACCUUGGCAAGGUCCGGCUCCAAGGCACACGCUUCGUUCCAUUAGAUGAGGCGGCAUCUGAGGCCUACACCUUGAAGAAACGGAGGAAGCUGUCCUGGGGUGGUAAAGGGAAGCUGGUCCUUAAAGUUUCCCUUGAGAAUGUCAACCGCAGCAGUGAUUCCACCACAGGGGAUGCUGCUGCCGACGAUUCUACUGUGAAUAAUGUGCGGGCUCAGGUCUUAACGGACGGUCAAAACAAUGAGCUCCGCCGUUUGGCGCAGGUGUCCAGACGACCAGACUUCGCAGUGAGUUCUAUUAGUCCAUCCCUUGGUGCUGGACAAAUGGUGGAUGGCCGGCUUUCGCCUGUUGGGCACAGGGAUCCAGUACCUGCUAACGAUCUUGUGGAGGUGAUGUGGUACAUAUUUGUCUCUGUCGUCAAAGGUAGAAACUUGCCGGCCAUGAGCUCCCAGGGGUCUCUUGAUCCUUAUGUUGAGGUGGAGUUCGGCAGUUACAAGGUGGAGACGGAGAACCGUACCGGAGAUCAGAACCCGGAGUGGGGGGUUGUUUUUGCCUUUUCCGACGAACACAUCCAGUCAUCAAAAGUACAGGUUAUUCUCAAGAGUAGAGAUGAAGUCAGACCUGAUGUUUUGGGGAAGUUAUCCAUCGAUCUCAGAGACAUCCCCAUGCAUCAGCCACCAGAGAGUGCAUUGACCGCCCAGUGGUACAAGUUGAUGAAUGAAAGAAUGGAGACAACAGAUGGCGAACUGAUGCUUUCUAUCUGGAAAGGCACCCAAGCCGACGAGGCUUUCCGUGAUGCUUGGCACUCGGACUCUGCAACUCAUGUCCAUCCCAGUCCAAUAACCUCCGAGCUCAGGUCAACAGUAUACUCUGCUCCAGUAAUGUGGCAUGUAAGGCUGGACAUAAUACGAGGUGUGGUCCCUGCUUCUGCCGGCAAUACACGUCUUUCAACUCUACGUGUGAAGUCACAGAUAGGACGCCAAAUUCACAGGACGAGGCCAGCUGACAUAAUCAAUCGUUCUUGGAGUGAUGAGCAAACAUUCUUCUUCAUGGUUGCCGAACCAUUCGAGGAUGACCUAAUUUUGUCCAUUGAGAGCUUUCAAGUAAACGAAGAUAUCAGCUUUGUGGUACCUUUAGCUUCGAUACAGAAGCAAACCGACGGCCGAGAAAUCAAUACCCAGUGUAUUGAAUUUCAGAAGUUAGAUGGCUCAAAUGGUAAUAAGACGGUCGCCAAGGUUGAUAUUCGUCUCUGUUUGGAGGGACGGUAUUGGGUACCUGUCGAUUCCAUUUGCUACAGUGGCGACUUAAGGUCGACGUUGGAUCAGCACUCGAGCAGUAAAAAGAUCGGUUUGGUUGAGCUGGGCAUCAUCAGAGCGGAGGCGCUUGCGCCCAUGAGGACCAUCGGUGGGAGAGGGACAUACUGUGUGAUCAAGUAUGGUCGGAAAUGGGUGCGAACUCGUACCAUUAAGGAUAGCCAAAGUCCGAGGUUUAACGAGCAAUACUCAUGGGAUGUCUAUGACCCAUGUACUGUUGUUACCAUUGGCAUUUUCGACAAUGGCCACAUCAUUGAAGGCAGCAGUACUGAUGUUCCCAGUUCCAAGCACACCAUGAUCGGCAAGGUCCGCAUUCGCCUCUCCACUCUUAUGCGUGGCCGGCUGUAUGCGCUCUCGUAUCCGCUCACCGUCGUCAGUCCAGUUGGCGUCAGGAGAAUGGGUGAGCUCCAUGUAACCAUCAGAUUCUCCUAUAAGACAUUUCCCAGCAUGUGCCGCGCGUACUUAAGGCCACUGUUACCGGCGCUGCAUUACACCAUCCCGAUAGACGCCAUGACGACUGGUCUUCUUCACACUGAAGCCAUAUACACCGUGGCAACUUGUCUAACCCGGCAGGAGCCACCACUACGGAAGGAGGUCGUCCAGUCCAUCUGUGAGGGGGAUUGCGACAUAUUUAGGAUGCAGAAGACCAAGACCGAUUCAACGCUCUCCAGGUUUGUUGCAUUCUGCCGAGAUAUAGCUAUGUGGAAGGACACCGCCACUACAGUGCUCUGCCAUGCUAUUUUCCUUAUGGCUUUGAGUAAUCUGGAAUUUCUUAUCGCAACGGUUGCGGUCUCUCUCUUUAUGCCUAUGAGCUCGAACAUUGGGCUGAGACAUACGCUCCCAGAGCACCUGGAUCCAUCCAUUUCUGGCGUAGGAGAUGCGCACCUCGGUGACCUUGACGAAGAGUUUGACCAGUUUCCUGGCAUCAAGACACAGGAAACUGUUACAAUGUGGUAUGAGUACGAACGAUUGAGGACCCUGACAGAAAGGUUACGGAAGGAUGCCAGAUCUAUAAUGGUUCAUUUGGAGAGAGUGGAAGCAUUAUUUAGCUGGAGGGAUCCCACAGCCACGAGCAUUUUCUUCUUUUUCUGCAUGGCAAUGUCAGCUGCAUUGGUAAUUUCCCCGACUGCGGUCAUGUGCAUGGGUGGACUUUAUGUUAUGAGGCAUCCAAGGUUCCGGGGAGACACCCCGUCGGCGCUUCUCAACUUGUACAGUCGGUUGCCGUGCAAGCACAAAUGCAUGAUGUAAACCAAGAUGAACACUACUGUUCCAGUGUUGCAGUUUGCAGUAAUGUGCCUCCGUGUUCUCCCUAGCAAGCAAGCAUUGCGCAGCCCAUAAGAUUGAAGGUGUUGUAGUACACUACAAUGUUAUCUUCCUUCAGAUCUGUUCAGUUUACAGUAUUCAUCAUCAGUGAUUCAGUUUUCUGGUACCUAUUUCUGUUCUUGGACUCUCGGUCUCCACGUUUGAGUGGAAGUUUGUUGGUGAUCAUGUAAGGCCCGGUUGUGCUUGUGGCUGUUGUCCUGUUUUGAACUAAGUAUGUUUAGUUACCAGUGCGGUGAUCUUGUGUGCGUAACUACUGUGUAUUGUUAGACUCGGGUGUUUUGAUGAUCUUGUGUCUGUAUUAUUAAACUAUUGAGUGUUUUGAUCUAGUACAGACUACAAACUCUUAUUCGGCUU